AUGGACUCAACUUCUGGGCCAGAGACCCAACUAGCACAAGCUCAAGCGCAAAUUGAAAUGAUUGUUGAACAUCAUGAAAAAGAAAGACAAAUGUGGCAAGUGAAGUUUGAUGAAACCUCAAGACAAUUAUCAUCGAAAGACGAUCGAAUUAAAGAAUUGAAUCAAAAACGUGUAACUCUUGAAACCGAUUUAAAAGAACAGAAAGAUAUAAUUAAACGAUUGGAUUUGUAUUUCAGUUCUGAGCAAAAAUCUAAAGAACUUCAUCUCCUCUUUCUCCAAGGUUUGGACAAAAUUGAGAAACUUCAAGAGCAGUUAGAGAAAGCGAAUGAAAAAUACACUGAAGCUGAUUCCGAUAAUAAUAAGCUCAAAGCAUCCUUAACGUUUCUGAAAGACUCCGAAGUGAAGCUUCAAGAAGAAACGAGGACCGUUGAUAAACUUAAAGGAGAUAUGGAUAUUUUGUCAUCUGUUCUCCAAUCUGUACUAGACUCCCAUGGUAUGCUUGAACAAAAUGUCAUAAACUUGAAGAAGAACUAAGGUUGGUUAAAGGCCCGAUGAAUUCAUACAAAUUGAAAAAUGAGUGCCGUACUGACUUCAGAAUUCUUGAGAAUGCUCAGCCAGACGAAUGUAAAAUGAAUACAAGAAGAAUACAACAUCUAACAUUUAUUGUAUCUCUUCAAGAAGCGCAUAGAGACGAACUUAAGAAAAAAGAUAUGGAAAUUGAUUCUCUGAAAGCUGAUUUUCAGCAAAUUAUGGACAGCGACGCAUUUAAGGAAGGCGGAUCUACAACUAAACGUUUGAUGGAACAUUAUCAUAUUGAAAUUGACAAUCUAAAAGAAGCUCAUUCGGAAGAAAUGUAUAAGAUAAAACGAAAAUAUUCCACAUUGGAAGAGUACUCAGAGGAAAUUAAUUGGGAGUUGAAACUCAAAGUUGAAAAUCUUGGAAAUUUAGAAAUGAACUUUGAAACUGUUUAUCAAGAUCUUCAAACGGCAAAUGAUAACAUGGAAAAAUACAAAUCAAGUGAGAGCGAAAGAAUUCAGAAGUUACUUGAAGAGCAAAAAGCGGAAAUUCUCAAGGAAGAAGAAAUAAAACGGAAAGAAUUAUCUGAGCAGAUCAAGAAAAUUCAGGAAUUGAAAGAUAGACAAAAUGUUGAGAAAGACCGGGAAAUUGAAGAUCUUAAAGAAAAAAUUGGAAGGAAAUCAGUUUUAUCUUCAACUGAAGUUGAAAAGAUGGCAAAGAUAUUCGAUGAAAACUACCAAAAAAUUGUUGACGCCGCAUUGAACGCUGGACCCAUGUAUAACCUGCAGGAAAAUCUGACUAAUAGCGACUCCUGUUGUACAUCUAGAAAUGUUAGCGUUGAAAAUAACGAUGAAGUGAAGGUUUUAAACAAGAAGGUUAAGAGUCUAGAAGAAAGAAUGGAAAAUCUUGUAUCAUGCAAUGGAAAUCAAGAAGCCUCCCACAAGAAACAAGUAUUGGAACUUCAAUCUACCGUUGCACUGAAUGAGAAAAGAAUUGAGAUGUUGAUGAAGAGUAUGAUAAGUUUAGGCGACGUUAUCACAGGAACACAAGAAAAAAAUGAUGUUGAAUCAGAUGACGAUGACUUUUAA